AUGAACCCUUUCUGGAGUAUGUCUACAAGCUCUGUACGCAAACGAUCUGAUGGUGAAGAGAAGACGGUAACAGGGGACCUGAAAACCAGUCCUCCACGCACUGCUCCAAAGAAACAGCUGCCUUCUAUUCCCAAAAAUGCUUUGCCCAUAACUAAGCCCACAUCUCCUGCCCCAGCAGCACAGUCUACAAAUGGCACACAUGCUUCUUAUGGACCCUUCUACCUGGAAUAUUCGCUUCUUGCAGAAUUUACCUUGGUUGUGAAGCAGAAGUUACCAGGCAUCUAUGUGCAGCCAUCUUACCGCUCUGCGUUAAUGUGGUUUGGAGUAAUAUUCAUACGGCAUGGUCUUUAUCAGGACGGCGUAUUUAAGUUUACAGUGUACAUCCCUGACAACUACCCAGAUGGGGACUGCCCACGCUUGGUGUUUGAUAUUCCUGUCUUCCACCCGCUGGUUGAUCCCACCUCAGGUGAACUGGAUGUGAAGCGAGCAUUUACAAAGUGGAGGCGGAACCAUAAUCAUAUCUGGCAAGUAUUAAUGUAUGCAAGGAGAAUUUUCUACAAGAUUGACACCACAAGUCCCCUAAACCCAGAGGCUGCCGUACAGUACGAAAAAGAUGUUCAACUUUUUAAAAGUAAAGUGGUUGACAGUGUUAAGGUGUGUGCGUCUCAUCUGUUUGACCACCCUAAAAUAGAGGACCCCUACGCCAUUAGCUUUUCUCCGUGGAAUCCAUCUGUACAUGAUGAAGCCAGAGAGAAGAUGCUGACUCAGAAGAAGCCUGAAGAACAGCACAAUAAAAGUGUCCAUGUUGCAGGCCUGUCGUGGGUAAAGCCUGGCUCAGUACAACCUUUCAGUAAAGAAGAGAAAACAGUAGCAACCUAA